CAUCACACACACACAGCUCUGCUGCAUACACAUAACUUCAGCUCAUCCAGCAGCGAUCACAACCAGCACAGCAGAGUCCUGCAUACACUGAGCAGAUGAGCCUAGAGCAGCAGCCCCUGAUCAUGUGACUCCUCCUCCUCCAUGUGACUGAUCACAUGACGGUGACAUCAUCGCAGGUCCUGUAAGCACACGGCUCCUCUACAGAUACAGGUUUCUCCAAUCCAGGAUCCUCUGCUGAUAUCUUCUAUAUAAGAGAAUUCUCCUGGAUGACCCAUCAACCAUGGAGAGAGACAGGAACAAGAUGGCCGACAGGAUUAUAAACCUCACACUACAGAUACUCUUCCGGCUUACUGGCGAGGAUUACACAGUAGUGAAGAAGUCCUCUAGUGGGUGCUUUCGGGCCCCUGUGUGUGAAGGAUGGGGAAGAACCCUGAGCCCAAUCCCGGGGCCCCCACCUCACUCCCUGAUACAUGAGGAAAUGGAUGAACAGAAGAUCCUAGAACUCAUCAACAAGAUGAUGGAGCUGCUGACUGGAGAGGUUCCUAUAAGGUGUCAGGACGUGGCGGUGUAUUUCUCCAUGGAGGAGUGGGAGUAUGUAGAAGGACACAAGGAUCAGUACAAGGAUCAGGUGAUGAUGGAGGAUCAGCAGCCCCUCACAUCACCAGUCAGAUCCAGUAAGAGAACAGCACCAGAGAGGUGUCCCCAUUCUCCUUAUGGGCAGUAUAUGGAGGACAUUACUACAGGGAGAGAUCUGAUCUAUAUUAAUGCUAUAGACAUAAAGAAAGAAGAGACAGAUGUGAGCGGUGAUGAGCAGUAUAAGGAGGACAUUUCUACAGGGAAAGAUCUUAUCUAUAUUAAUGCUAUAGAAAUAAAAGAAGAAGAAGAGACAGAUGUGAGCGGUGAUGAGCAGUAUAAGGAGGACAUUCCUACAGGUAACCGCCCAGAUUCUUAUACCAGGAGAUCAGAGGAGAAUCUUAUAUCUUCAGAUUAUAAAGCAGAUGAUGAUAUCACACAAGAUACAUAUGAAGAACAUUCCAUUAUCCCAGAUACACCCUCAGCCCUUCACAGCCAAGAUCUCUCAUCUCAUCCUUAUAUACAGGUCCUGUCUUCUCAGUCAUCACAGGAUGUUCAGCAGAAGAAGAAGUCAUGUGCAGAAUGUGGGAAAUGUUUUACUAAGAAAUCAGAUCUUGUUAAACAUCAAAGAAUUCACACAGGAGAGAAACCAUUUUCAUGUUCAGAAUGUGGGAAAUGUUUUACUGACAAAUCAAAUCUUUUUAAACAUCAAAGAACUCACACAGGAGAGAAACCCUUUUCGUGCUCAGAAUGUGGGAAAUGUUUUACUAAGAAAUCAAAUCUAGUUAAACAUCAAAAGAUUCACACUGGAGAGAAGCCAUUUUCUUGCUCACAAUGUGGAAACUGUUAUACUCAGAAAUCAUAUCUGGUAAAACAUCAAAGAACGCACACAGGCGAGAAGCCAUUUUCUUGUGCAGAAUGUGGGAAAUGUUUUUCUGAGAAAUCAAAUCUUGUUAAACAUCAAAUAACUCACACAGGGGAGAAGCCAUUUUCAUGUUCCGAAUGUGGAAAAUGUUUUACUGAGAAAUCACAUUUUGUUCAACAUCAAAGAAUUCAUACAGGAGAGAAGCCAUUUUCAUGUACAGAAUGUGGGAAAUGUUUUACUGGGAAAGCAACACUUAUCAGACAUCUAAGAAUUCACACAGGAGAGAAGUCAAAGUCCUCUAGUGGGCGCUGUCGGGCCCCUGUGUGUGAAGGACAGGGAAGAACCCUGAGCCCAAUUCCGGGGCCCCCACCUCACUCCCUGAUACAUGAGGAAAUGGAUGAACAGAAGAUCCGAGAACUCAUCAACAAGAUGAUGGAGCUGCUGACUGGAGAGGUUCCUAUAAGGUGUCAGGACGUGGCGGUGUAUUUCUCCAUGGAGGAGUGGGAGUAUGUAGAAGGACACAAGGAUCAGUACAAGGAUCAGGUCAUGAUGGAGGAUCAGCAGCCCCUCACAUCACCAGUCAGAUCCAGUAAGAGAACAGCACCAGAGAGGUGUCCCCGUCCUCUUCUUCCACAGGAUGAUCAGAUAGAAGAUCCGAAUAAUAUUAAUGCUCCAAAGACAGAUGUGAGAAGUGAUGAGCAGUAUAAGGAGGACAUUGCUACAGGGAAAGAUCUGAUCUAUAUUAAUGCUACAGACAUAAAGGAAGAAGAAGAGACAGUUGUGAGCGGUGAUGAGCAGUAUAAGGAGGACAUUCCUACAGGUAACCCCCCAGAUUCUUGUAGCAGGAGAUCAGAGGAGAAUCUUAUAUCUUCAGAUUAUAAAGCAGAUGAUGAUAUCACACAAGAUACAUAUGAAGAACAUUCCAUUAUCCCAGAUACACCCUCAACCCUUCAUAGCAAAGAUUUGUCAUUUGAUCACUUUAAACCUGUUCUGUUUGCUAAAUCUUCAGAGACUACAAAGCAAAAUAAAAGUCAUAGAAUGGAGAUUAAUUAUCAAAAAAAUCACUCAGAGGAGAGGCCAUUUUCAUGUUCAGAAUGUGGAAAAUAUUUUACCUAUAAAUCAUAUCUUGUGAGGCAUCAGACAAUUCACACAGGGGAGAAGCCAUUUUCGUGUUCAGAAUGUGGGAAAUGCUUUGUUUGGAAGUCUGGACUUGUUGUGCAUCAGAAAAUUCACACAGGGAAGAAACCAUUUUUAUGCUCCGAAUGUGGAAAAUGCUUCACUUGGAAGUCUGCACUUGUUGAACACCGGAAAAUUCACACCGGCGAGAAACCGUUUUCAUGUUCAGAAUGUGGGAAAUGCUUUACUAAGAAAUCAAAUCUUGUCCUUCAUCUGAGAACUCACACAAGGACAACGCUAUUUCAAUGCUUAGAAUGUGGGAAAUGUUUUUGUCAAAAUUCAAAACUGGUUGAACAUCAAAGAACUCACAGAGGGGAGAAGCCAUUUUCAUGUCUGGAAUGUGGGAAAUGUUUUACUAGGAAAUCUGAUCUUGUUCAACAUCUAAGAAUUCACAAACGAGAGAAGCCAUUUUUAUGCUCAGAAUGUGGGAAAUGUUUUACCGAAAAAUCAACACUGGUUAAACAUUUUAGAAUACACACAGGGGAAAAGCCGUUUUCAUGCCCUGAAUGUGGGAAAUGUUUUACUCAGAAAGCAUAUUUUAUUGAACAUCAAAGAACUCACACAGGGGAGAAGCCGUUUUCAUGUUCAGAAUGUGGGAAAAAUUUUACUCAGAAAUCAAGUCUUGUUGAACAUCAAAGAACUCACACAGGAGAGAAGCCUUUUCAAUGUCUGGAAUGUGGGAAAUGUUUUACUCAAAAAUCGACUCUUAUUAAACAUCAGAGAAGUCACACUGGGGAAAAGCCAUAUUCAUGUUCAGAAUGUGGGAAAUUAUUUGCUCUGAAAACAGGCCUUGUUACUCAUCAGAGAACUCACGCUGGAAUGAAGCUAUCACCUUGUCCAUAGUGCGGGAAAUUUUUUACACAAAAAAAAAAUCUAAAUUUGUUGAAUAUCAGAAAAUUCACUCAGGGUAGAAUCCAUUUCUGUGAACUAGAUGUAGAAAAUGUUUAUCCGAAAGUCAACUUUAAUUGUGCACACAAUUUAAACAUGUAAAAAUAUACCUAUUAUAGUCUUAGUCAUAAGACAUGCGAGAGAGAAAUCCAUGUAGGACAAUAAAUGAUUGAAAAAUGUCUAUAAUCACCAAAUGUCUGUUAUUCUAAAAGAAAAGAAUCUGGAAGACAACCAUUAACCAUGUACAUCAGGAGUUUCAAACUCAUGGACCAAUUGAGGCCUGCAGGAUGAUAUUUUGAGGUCCCCUGUCCAGUCUAGUUUUAGGACAUCCCUGUGUCCCAACAGAUCUUUUUGGGAGACAAGGAUGUCCCGGUUAAUCCUUUGUGGGCCUGUGGCCACUUUAAUUAAUGCCGUUCUCCCAUUGGAGUGGAGCAGCGUACAGGAGGACGCACGCGCUUGGCCGACACGGUAAGUUACCAGCGUCCUGUCACCUCCGGUCCCAGGACCUACUGCUAUGGCUCAUAGGAAUACUUGAUGCGGCCCAGCCUCUACCUCUAGCGGCCCUCAGAUGAAUUGAUACCCCUGAUGUACAUAGAAUAUUUCACAUGUACAAUGCAUUCGGAAAGUCUUCAGACCCUUUUCCAGACACUUUAUUUUUCCAUUUUGUUAUGUUGGGGCCUUCUGCUAUAAUCAAAACAAUCAAGUUUUCUCCCAUUAGUCUGCAUACCCCAUAAUGAGAAUAUGAAAACAGAAUUGAAGUUUUUUGCUUAUUUAUAAAUAAGGACUGGCCCUUGAGAGGAAAUAUUGGGUCUUUGAGUGGCCCAGCCAGAGCCCGAACCCAAUGGGACAUCUCUGGGGAGACCUUUAAUAGGCUUCCACUGACAGUUCCCAUCCAACCUGUCAGAGCUUGAGAGGAUCUGCAGAGAUCUUCUUGUCACCUCAUCGCAAUAAGACUGGAGACUAAAGAUGAGCGACACAAGCCCCGCAAACUCUUAUUUGACCCAAAGCAGGACUUGCAUUACUUGCAACUAUCACAUGAUGACCCCAGGUUAUACAAUGAUUUGCUGUGUCUAACAGCUCCCAGAACAAUAGGAUACAGCAGAGGGGGGUAGGGUCUUCUACACAACUUUAAAGUCCAUAUAGCGUGCUGCUACCGGCAUUCUGGAAAGAGAGUGACAGACCGUGUGAACAGGAAUCAGAGCAGAGCGAUCCGAUAGAAGCAACAAAAAAAAAAAAGCGCCUUCCAUAGCAUAAUAACAUUCACAACAGGUUAAGAACAAACCUUAAAGGGGUACUCCUGAGCUUAGACAUCUUAUCCACUAUCCAAAGGAUCCCCGUGAUCUUGCACGCCGCACCCAGUUUAAAAUCAGUCCUCGGAGCGUGUUUGCUACGGGUCUGAUUACUGUCGAUCAAUGCAAUCCUAUGGGAGGCAGCAUGACACGCUCGGGGGACUGAUUUUAAAUGGGGUGCAGCGUGCAAGAUCACGGGGGUCCCCAGCGGCGGGACCCCCACGAUCAGGCAUCUUAUCCCCCCUAUCCUUUGGAUAUGGGAUAAGAUGUCUAAGCGCCGGAGUACCCCUUUAAUCUAUAUAAUUCUACAGCAAAGUGAGUGCAGCGUUAAUCUGUGGGCAAUCCCAGAAACCUCCUGUCCCUUUCUGCAGAAGCUUCAUACACUACAUAUCCCAGCCAGCAUUUUUCCCAGGCCAUAAAUAGCAUCACAUACAAAUAUCUGUACAACUGAGAAAAGCUGAGGGCUGACCUGUAUGAAAGCAAUACAUAUUUAAAGUGCUAGGAACUUAGAUUUGCCAUUUAAAGCGCCUUACUUCCAUUUACAGGGUUUAAUCGCACACACAGUAGAUCUACUGGUUGAAAGAUAAUGGAGCAAUUAAAAGCAGGUAUAUUGAACAAGCAUUAGCCUUUUUAAGCACCGGUAUGUAUAUAUUCUUGGUUUAAUCAAACUUUUUAUGUACCCUAUUGUAAGAAAACUAAUUUUAAAAGGCGUAACCAU